GUCGGUCUGCAGUAUGGCGGCACGGCAGACCCUGCGAGUGCUGUGUCUAGCCGGCUUCCGGCAGAGCGAGCGGGGCUUCCGUGAGAAGACCGGAGCGCUGAGGAAGACGCUGCGGGGUCGGGCAGAGCUUGUGUGCCUCAGCGGACCUCACCCGGUCCCCGAGGCAGCGGCUCCCGAGGGUUCGUGUCCAGACUCGGGGCCCUGUUCUCCGGAGGAGCAGCCUCGAGGCUGGUGGUUUUCUGAGGAGGAAGCCGAUGUUUUCUCUGCUCUGGAAGAGUCCACAGUGUGCAGGGGUCUGCAGGAGGCCCUGGAAACGGUGGCACGGGCCCUUGACACGCUGGGGCCGUUUGAUGGACUUCUUGGCUUCAGCCAGGGGGCUGCACUAGCAGCUUAUGUGUGUGCCCUGGGCCAGGCAGGCGAUCCUCGCUUCCCCUUGCCAAGAUUUAUUAUACUUGUGUCGGGGUUCUGUCCCCGAGGCCUUAAGGAACCUAUCUUGCAGAGCCCCAUGUCACUGCCUUCACUUCAUGUUUUUGGGGAUACUGAUCGAGUCAUCCCUUCUCAGGAGAGUAUGCAAUUGGCUAGCCGAUUCCUUGGAGCCGUCACCCUCACCCACUCCGGUGGUCACUUCAUUCCAGCAGCUGCAUCUCAGCGUCAGGCCUACCUUAAGUUCUUGGACCAGUUUGCAGAAUGAAGGAUGGACAAAUGUCUCCGCACUGCUCCCACUUUGUCCAGCAGCUCUCCCCUGUCUCCUCACCAUGGCUAGUUAAGACAACUGUCAGUUCUCAGGACACACAUAAGCCCAGAGAGCCUGUGAGAAGACAGGGGUGGGCAGGCAGGGGCUGGCACCCCUGUGACUGACAGACAAUAAAGCGAUGCUUUAGAUGUUGAAUGCCUUUCUCCUGCUGCCCCGAUCCUGGGGCAGCACCAAACCAAACCCAAGGACACAUUUUUGGUGGAAGUCAUUUAUUGUUUUGUAUCUUUAAAUUCGGCUUAUUGUGUGUAUGGGUGCAGACUUGUGGAGAUCAGAGGAUAAGUGCGGGGAGUUGAUUCAACCAUGUGGGUUCUUUCUGAGCUCUGAUCAUUUGACUUGGCAAGUCAUGCCUCUACCUGCUGAGCCAUGUCACCAUCCUUUUGUGGAAGUUUAAGUCCCAGACUGAAGAAGCUAGAUAUCUUGGUCACUUAGAAUCAGAAAGUUUUACGUUUGAGGAGUUUGGGGAAAGAAAACACUUGGCAAGGCUCUGCUUGGCUCCAUCUGCUUUUAGGUUUCCUACAUCCUGGUCCCUGGCUUGGCCAUUGCUUUCUCUUCCAUAACUGUUCCAUCCCCCUCUGAACUCUGAGCUUGAAGACUUGGGUAGUACCAUAUGUUGGGUAGAGGCCAAAGACAGCACAGAGUAACCUGCCUUUUCCUAAUGAAGCCAUCUUCAGGGUUUCUGAGAUUACUGCUAUUCAUAAUUGAUGAUGCUAAUUAUUGAUAUGUUGAGAAAGCCAAAGCUUAAGUAGCCUGCUCAGCUUAACUUCUUGCCAUUUUUCUUCUCACUUCCAGUGCCCAAUCUUGCCACACACAUAGGCACGCUGCUUUCUGACUUCUGCCUCUGAAAGACAGUUUUUCCAAGAUAUCACAAGGUACUUACCUAGUCCCACACCACAAUAUCUUCUAGGGAGCUUAGUCACUGAGCAGGAGUUGGAGUUGGCCAGUUACUCCCAAGUCAUUCUUAUACCCAGAGUUAUAUGUUCUUGACACACAAGUGUUUCAAGGUAUACAUCAGAGAAAUGGUUCUGUGGUUAAGGACAUGGGCUGCUUUUUCAAAGGACCCAGGUUCGGGCUCCAGCAUCCACAAUGUAGCUCACAAACAUCUAUAGCUCUUAGUUCCAGAGGCUCUAGUCCCAGGUCCCAGGGUUGUACAUGAUAUGUGUUUAAAAAGUCAAUGACCCAAUGGCCAUGGUGGUACAUGCAGGCAGAGGUAGAGGACAGUCUAGUCUAAAAACAACCAGUUAGUGGUGGCACGUGCCUUUCAUCCCAGCACUGGCAGAGACAGGCAGAUCUGAGACUGAGCUUAUCCUAGUCUACAGAUGGAGUUCCAGGACAGAGAGGGCUACACAGGAACGCUCUCUGUAACCUCUGUUAGAUGACCAAGGCAGAGCCUUGCCAUGUAUUCUCUUGCCCCGAACUCCACUUACAUAGAAGUCUGACUCAGUUACAAAGGCCUCUGGCUUCUUUAGGGCUCAAGAUUUCCACCAAAAGACAGUGAGAUGGCUCAGCAGGUUAAAGGCACUGACUGCUAGCUAACACAUGCCAUCUCAUACACACUAAACAUUUUAAAAUUUCACGAAAGGAUAGACUGGAAUUAUACCCCAAAGUCCCAUGUACUGAUUUGAGAUCCCUUUUUAACAGCUUGGGUGGGGGAUUGGUCUCUGUGCCUUGUUCUUGCCUUACAGUGAUUGCUUCCUUGACAAAAGGAGAUUGAACACGUGGAAUUUUAUAAACCCUUUGGUCUAUUUGCUUUUCUGUAACUAAUUGGUGGGUUUGCAAGUUAGUACUCAGACCACUGGCAGUCAUAGGCAGCCCCCUGUGUCAGCUCCAAGCUGGGGGACAGGAUGACCUGUACUUGGUAGCCCUAUAAAUAAAGGCAAAGGUUCAUGUG